GGCGAGGGAUGCAACGGGACAGCACGGGCAGAGCUGGAGGGCCAGGAUGCACGCAGCGGUAGCGGGACCCUCCUGAACCUCAACGUGAGUGCCCAUGGCCGGCCGGACUCCCUCCUUCUGUCCUGGGAUGAGCCGGAGGGGGGUGCCAAGGGAUAUUUGCUUGCCCUCUCCUCCCUGGAGUCAGGCACGCUGCUGCAGAAUGGAUCUGCUGGACCCAACAUCACCAGCUUCUGGUUCCGUGGGCUGACCCCUGGCAUGCGCUACGAGAUUGAGCUGACAGCCACGCUUGCCUGCAUGGAGACCACCAGCCAGACAGUCACGGCACAGACAAGCCCUUCACCUGUCCGCAACCUGAGCCUGAGCAGCGGCGGGAGCUCUGCUAUGCUGCGCGCCUCCUGGACGCACGCCCACGGGCAGCGAGACGGCUACCACCUUGCCCUCUACCACAGCGACUCCCAGACGCUCGUGAGAAAUGCGUCCAUCCUGCCAAACGCCUCCACGUUCCUGUUUGACGGGUUGCUGGCUGGCAGCGAGUAUGCCUUGAAGGUCAGCACGCUGGCUGGAUCCAGCCAGGCAAGCACCAGUAUCCACCAGUGGACAGCUCCCUCCAUCCCCACCCAUCUGAGGCUCAGCCCGGGCUCCAGCACCAGCCUUGUCGCUUCCUGGGCUGGUGCUGUGGGGGCCGCCUGGCUGCACCUCGCACUCCACAAUCUCCUCACCCAGACGGUGACCACGACCCUGUCAGCCAGGAGGGGCCUCACCAGCUACACCUUCCAGCAUCUCCACCCUGGCACCCAGUACUGGCUGGGGGGGAGCGCCACGGCUGGGCCCUACACCAUGGGGGGGCCCAAUGCCACCGCUUGGACAUACCCCCUGCGCCCUGGCAAUGUGACCCUGAGCAGUGCAGAGGAUCAGAGCUCCUUGCAGGCUCACUGGAGCACCCCAGCUGGAGAGAGGGACUUCUACCUGGUGACACUGCAGGAGGGAGAGGAUGGUGCUCCAACGAGGAACAUCUCUGUCGGUGGAGACAACAGCCAUGUCAUCUUCCAUGGGCUGAGCCCUGGGAAGCAAUACUCUGUCCAGGUGACAGCAGUGGCUGGGCCUUAUCGGGCAUCAGCCCGCAGCACAGCAGCCUGGACACAGCCACUAGCACCAUCUGGUGUGAGUCUGUCCAGCCAGGGGAGCCCCUACAGCCUGCUAGCCAGCUGGGAGGAGGCAAUGGGAGAGGGCUAUGUGCUGGCCCUCAGCCCCAAGGAGCACCCCGUGAAGAACAGCUUGCUGCUGAGAGGUGUCACAAACUUCACCUACGAGGGCCUCCACCCUGGGACCCUCUACACCUUUGAGGUCAGCACUGUGGCUGGGCCCUACACAUCCUCACCCCAGCGCAUCAUCAACUGGACAUAUCCUUUGCCCCUGGAGCAGCUGACCCUCAGCAGUCAGGGACACAGCACCUCUCUGCAAGCCUCCUGGAGAGCAGCUCCCACUGGCAGCACCGGCUACACAGGCACUCUUUGGGAAACCAAAUCCCAGGAGCAAGUCAGGAAUCUGACUUUGGGGAACAACUGGACAAAUGUCACCUUUAAAGACCUGGUCCCUGGGCGACAGUAUACACUGAAGAUGGUUGCUAUGGCUGGACCUUACAGAUCCCCUGUGCGAUCAGCGACAGACUGGACAUACCCUUUGGCUCCAGCUGGCGUGACCCUGACCAACACCCGACGCCCACUGGGACUCUCUGCCUUCUGGGACAAGGCUGCUGGCGAUGUGGACCAGUUCCACCUCCAACUCUACAGCAAGAGCCAUCCAAUGCAGAGGAACAUCACAGUGGGGCCAAACACGCAAAACUUCACGUUCCUGGGGCUGUCCCCUGGCAUUCAGUACUUCCUGAAGGUGACUGUCCUCGCUGGCCCAUACAGAUCCUCGUCACACUUUGCCACUGAGUGGACAUAUCCACUGUCUCUGGCUAAUGUGAGUGUACAGCCUGGCCGGAGACCCCAGGAGCUACAUGUGAGCUGGGUGGAGUCAGGCGGUGGCAGAGACCACUUGGUACAGCUCUCGGUGGCUGAGUCCCUGUCCAUCAUCAGGAAUGUGUCCGUCCCCCGUGGAGUCACCCAGCUUGACCUGGAGGGGCUGGUGCCAGGGUCCCGGUACCGCGUGGAGAUAAUUUCUCAGGCUGGGCCUCAUCGCAUCUCCUCUCAGACUGCCAUCGGCCACACUGCAAGGAACCUGGAAGCAGGGAAGGACAGCACCAAUGUCACCCUGGCACGACUGGAACCAGGAACUUGCUACCUUGUUGGGAUCUGGGCAGUAGCUGGACCCUACCGCUCCCUCCCCAAGAACGUCACUGGCUGCACAGUUCCUGCUGCCCCGACAAACCUGAGCCUUACCAACCCAGGGAGCUCCUCAGAGCUUUACAUGUGCUGGAACAAGCCCCCGGGCAGGAGAGACAGCUAUCGCGUUAUUCUGUAUAGCCUCAGCACCCAGAGCAGGGUUCGGGUCCAGACCUUGAGUCCAGAUGCCCAGAACAUCACCUGGACUCACUUGGAGGCAGGCAGCAGGUUUGCUGCGCAGGUCACUGCUGUGAAAGGCUUGCUCGAAGCCUCCUCCACCAAUGUCACCCAAUGGACACAUCCCUUGGCCCCUGCCAACCUCACCUUGAGCAGCCCCUCUGCCUCCAUGCUGCAGGCCUCCUGGGCAGCAGCAGGGCAAGGAGCAGAAGGCUACGUGGUGGACGUCUAUGACACAGCCUCCAGCAGUCGUGUUGGGCGCGUGGUGCUGGGUGGGGAUGCCAGGAGUCACAUCUUCAGGAACCUGAGCCCUGGCACCCGCUACAGUGUGGCAGUGAGGGCCACAGCUGGGCCCUUCCACACCAGCACCCCCAACCUCACCCACUGCACACGCCCACUGCCCCCAGCUGCUGUGCACUGGCUGAGCAUGGGGCAUCCCGACAGGCUGAGCACGUCCUGGGGAGCUGCGACCGGCGGGCGAGAUGGCUACACACUGACCCUGUACCAGGUGUGGCUGGGCACCGUGGCAGCUACAGCCUCACUCAGGAGAGACACCCAUAACUUCACCUUCAUGGGCUUGACCCCAGGGUACGAGUACUCCCUGGAAGCCAGUGCCAUGGCUGGACCAUACCGGGCAGCAGCACCCAACAUCAGUGGCUGGACUCGCCCUCUGCCCCCAGCCACUGUGCGCUUGCUGAGCAUGGGGCACCCUGACAGGCUGAGCGCAUCCUGGGGAGCCGCGGCUGGGGGGCGAGAUGGCUACACAUUGAACCUGUACCACGCACGGCUGGGCACUGUGGCCGCUAUGACCUCGCUUGGGAGAGACACCCACAACUUCACCUUCACGGGACUGGCCCCAGGAAGCAAGUAUGUGCUGGAGGUGGUGUCCGUGGCGGGGUCCCACUGGACACCUGCAGGGAAUGUCAGCAACUGGACGUGUAUUGUGGCAGCCAACGUGUCUGUUGGGAAAGGCACCAGCAAAUUCACCUUUUCUGGCCUGGCUCCAGGACACAAAUACUUGCUGGAAGUGGUGUCUGUGGCAGGGCCCUACGCAGCCUCUGCAGGGAACAUCAGCGACUGGACAACGCCCUCAGUUCCCCAAAAUCUCUCUGUGGUGGCCGAAGGGAACAACUCCAUGCUCAUCUCCUGGGGCAGUGUCUCUGGACAGCAGGAUGACUGCCAGCUGUGGCUGCGUGAUCCCAGGAACAGCACACUGCCCUGGCGGCACACCCUCGGCAGAGGGCAAGUGCAGCACCUCCUCCAGGGGCUGAUCCCAGGGAGGAACUACUCUGUCUCCUUGAGCUGUGUGGCCGGACCCUACUGGAGUAGCACCAAACCCUUGUUUGUUAUGAGCAUCCCUACGAGCGAGGCCAGUCUGGAGGGGCUGGGGCCAAACUCGUCCUACCGAAUUGUUGUGAGCACAGUGGGCAUGAACACAAUGAGGAGCCAGGCUGUGACUCUGCUCUGCAACACAACAGUGGAGGCCCUGCCUCCACCUCUGCGAGCAGACAUCUUCCAGGUGGAGGCCAGCUCCACAGUUAUAAUUUCAUCCGACCUGUUCAGUGAGGAGAAUGGCCAGAUCAAGUAUUACGGUGUCAUUGCGACCACUAAUGAUUCACUGCUGAGGCCCACCCAGGAAAUCAUGUCCAGCACAUGGUAUGACCACUAUUACGGGACAGAGGAUUCCUACCUGGCUGUGCUAAUCCCCAAUCCCUUCCAUCCGAGCCCUGAGAACUCCCCCGAAACCUGGCGAGUGCCAGUGGGAACAGAGGAGUGUGGCCAGUCCAGGGCAACGUGCAACGGGAAGCUGAAAGCCAACGAGCAGUACAGGUUCAGCAUCGCUGCCUUCACCAAAUAUGACCCAGUAGCCCCUGCGGUGACAUUCACCAUGUUCUCAGCUAUUUUUGCUUUGGCCUACUGGAAACAUCUCAGAGCAAAGAGAACCAAGAAGAGCAGCCUGCCCCAGGAAAUGGUGACCUACAGCUUGAGAAACAUGCAUCGGCCAAUUCCCAUACAGAACUUCAAGCAGUACUACGAGAUGAAGACAGCAAGUGCUAACCACGCUUUUUUCCAGGAGUUUGAGGAGCUGAAGGAAGUUGGGAAGGAGCAGCCAAAGGUGGAGGCCGAGCUACCAGCGAAUGUCUCCAAGAACAGAUAUCCCCACGUGCUUCCCUACGAUCACUCUCGAGUCAAGCUGAGCCGACUGGGGGAGGAUCCACACUCGGAAUACAUCAAUGCCAACUUCAUGCCUGGCUAUACGUCCCAGCAGGAGUUCAUUGCCACCCAGGGGCCCCUGAAGAAAACAAUAGAUGACUUCUGGAGGCUAGUGUGGGAGCAGAAUGUCUGCAACAUCAUCAUGCUGACAGUGUGCAUGGAGAAUGGGCGGGUCCUCUGUGAUCAUUACUGGCCAUCUGAAUCUGCCCCAGUCUCCUAUGGGCAGGUCCAGGUCCACCUGCUGAUGCAGAGCAGCUCCGAGGAGUGGACCAUGCGCGAGUUCAAACUGUGGCACGAGGGUCUCCAGGCAGAGCGUCACGUGUCCCACCUGCACUACACAGCAUGGCCUGACCACGGGAUCCCGGAGUCCACAACUUCUAUUAUGACCUUCAGAGAGCUGGUCCGGGAGCAAAUCCAGAGCACCAAGGAUGCAGGACCAACCCUUGUGCACUGCAGCGCUGGGGUGGGCCGCACUGGCACCUUCAUUGCCCUGGACCAGCUGCUGCAGCAGAUGAAGCAGGAGAAAGUGGUGGACACAUUUGGUGUUGUUUAUGCCUUGCGGAUGAACCGUUACCUGAUGAUUCAGACGCUGUCCCAGUAUAUUUUCCUGCACAGCUGUAUCCUGGAAAAGAUCUUGGAGGAACCACUCCUGGGUUUAUCAGGGACAGAGAGGUCCUGCCCUAUCCCGCUGAAAAGCUUUGCUCAGCACUACACCCAGAAGGCGGCCAAGUCUCACGUGGGCUUCCUGAGGGAGUACGAGACCCUCCUAGAGGUUAUCAAGGAAGAAGCCAGCUCUGCAACACCAUCUUCAGGCAAUCAGCAGACACGGCCCUCUUCCAGCAUCCUCCCAUAUGAUCGCUCCAGAGUGAAGUUUUCCCUGCUGGAACAGGGCCCUUUCUCAGGUCUGCUGCAGGUGUGGCAUGUCCCGGGCUGCAGCUCCAGCAGGGAGUAUCUGGCUGUCCAGGGGCCUGACAAGUUGACCAUGGAGGACUUCUGGACCCUGGUGUGGGACCAGGACAUUCACACCAUCCUAACACUUCUCCCAUGUCAGGAGAAGGGGGAGGUCCCAAGUGAGGCAUGCUGGCCCCUGGAAGGAGACUCUCUCUGCACAAAGAUGCUGACCAUCCAGUGUUGCACAGAGAAGCUUGUCUCCGGAUGGAGGUGUAUCCAGCUCAAAAUGAGACACGAGAAGAAAGCAAAGGAGAGGCAGGUACAACAGUUCCUGUACACGCUCUGGAGCAGCAAGAAGCAGCCAGAUGUCCAGAGCCUGGUGGAGCUCCUCACUGUUGUCAGACGGUGCAUGCCCCACCGGAAGAGAGGCAGUCCUCUCCUGCUGCACUGCAGUGGUGGCGUGAGCCAAAUGGGGACUCUGAUCUCCCUGGAUUGCCUGUUGCACCAGAUGAAAUCUGAGAGAAUUGUGGAUGUCUAUGGGGUGACCCUCCAGCUGACAAGAAGCUGCUGUCUCAUGACCCCGACUCUGGACCAGUACAUAUUCCUGUACACCUGCAUCCAGGACAUCAUCACUCAGAAACAGCCCUAGCACUGCUCAGCACUUCCUGGCACUGUCCUGCCUUCCACCU